AUGGAUCAUAAAGACCUUCUUACUACAGAGUAUGGCUUGUUAUUUCAACAGAUCAUUAGUGAUUUGAAGGACAGCAACAACUCAGACGUAAAAUCGAGACUGGACAUGAGUCUGAGGGACUACAACGCGAAAUGGAUGGCCCUGGAGUUGAACGAGAGGACCUCCACAUUAACAGCCAUGUCCGAGCAAAGGAGUAGGUACUGCUUUCUCGUCAACUGUCUCAGACCUGUCAUGGCUAUAAUAAUGAUUAUUAUUAUUAAUAAGGAUUUGGAACUGUCUCUACUGAAUGAGGUUGAAACGUUCAAGGAGGUGAUGCUGGCCCUCGACGGCCAGAUUGCUAUUCCCCAGUCUGGAGUGGCCGAACAGCUUUCAGACGCCAUGGUCACGUUUCAGGCUGGCCUCGAGAAGAAGGUUAGGGCAGUGGUCAAAGUUCAGAGGGUCAGGAAAAAAGGUACAAAAGAGGAUGUGGAAUUAGUUAGUUCAUUGUCAAGGUCGACUUUCCUAGCAUCAAACAACAACAACAAUAAUAACAAUAAUAAUAAUAAUAAUAAUAAUGAUGAUGAUAGUUCUAUAAUAAGGGAUAAACAACGUUCAAAAGAUAAUAAUCAAACUGAUUCGAUGCUGAUGAUGAUGAUGAGAGUUGCUUCAGAGCCAGUUGGGUGUACUACGAAAACUAAUUGUAGUAGUAAUAAUAGUAAGUCACAAGCCCCAAAGACUGCGGAUAAAAUAUAUGCCCGCCCAUCCCUACUCCGAAGAGAUGGGUCGGUCACUAUGGCAGUGCCCGUAGCUCCUCCCACUGUGCCUCCUCUGAUUGGUUUGCAAUCUGGCGUCAACAACAACAGCAACAGCAGCAACAACAACAACAAUGAGACAACACCAACGAACGAUGACAACUAUGAUGAUAACAUCAACAGCAGCAUCGAUAUUAUGGCUCUUGAUCGCAUACUCGAUGAAUUCGAACAGUGUACUCAGCUCAAAUUUUCAUCUGCCAACAACAACAACAACAACGACAAAAUAUCCACAAACAACAACAACAACUUUAUUCAAAAUUUUCCUGCCAUUCAAGCUUACGAUCAUCAUCGUCAUCAUUCAACUCCUCAUCACCUUUACCUUCAACAACAACAGCAGCCACAACAACAACUUCACGACCCUGGUAGUAGUAGUUUGCAGUCGUUGCAGUCGCUGCAUUCGCUGCAGUGCUCCAGUGGUUAUGGCACUAUGAGUAACGUCAGCUGUCUCUCCAUGGACACUGUUCAGUCAUCGGCCGAAUUAAGUGCCCUGUUGGAUCAUGGUUUAAUGGACCUUGAGAAAAUGAAUUACAACAACUCCAACUUAUUCUCCUACAACUACAACCACUACUACCACAACCAGCCACAACCUCAUCCGAGUGGCUCCAGCUACAGAGACGGUUUGAGCUCGAGGCCGCAAACUAGAUCACCAAAUGACUACGCUAUUCCUUGCACGUUGCAUCAGCCACACAUGAAGGAAGCUGCUGCUGCUGCCACUGCAUCGACGACGGUAGCAACAUUGGCAGCGACAACUACAAAACAAACCGUCAGUCCGUAUGCCGUGUACUACCCAGGUAUGAAGCAGACCUCGCCUAAACAUUACACUAUAAAUGAGGAGGAAGAUGACGACGGGAUCGAAGAUGGCUGCAAGGAAACGGAUCUGCCACUACCACCCCCACCGGAAGAACUAGAGAAGAGUUUUGGUAAUGAUUCUUUCAAUUUUCCACCGCCCCCACAUAUGCUGGGAGAAGAGAAUCAGCAGCAGCAACAACAGCAGCAAAAAGUGAAUGUGCAUCAAAUGAGAGAACGUUUUCAACAACUGCAACUGCCGCUUUCUCAGCAUCCGAACGAGGAUCAACAACAACAUCAACAACAGCAGCAUGUGGAUUUGAAUUUGAUCAAUCCUCAACAGAGGUUAUCACACCAUCAGCCAACCACAACAAUGCAUGCUUCCUUUGAAUUGACUAACUCUACCCAUCAACAACAACAACAAAUGAAUCAGCAACAACUGAUACUAUACAAUCAACAGCUGUUUAGACUACAGCAGCAGCAACAACAACAACAACGUCAACAACAACAGCAGAUGAAUGAUGAGUAUCACCAUCAUAGUGUACCUUCACCUCCACCUCCAAUCAUGCCCAAACCAUCGUCAAGCCUCACCACCCAAAAACAACAACAGCAGCAACCACCCAGCAACAAAAUGACGUCAUCUUCCUUCUCCUCCUCCUCCUCCUCCUCCUCAAUAAUAAGGUCGUCAUCAUCGACGUCUGCACGUGAUCAGCCUAACCAUGCCGAAUUCAUACAGAGUCUAAAUGCAAAACUAUCACUCAGAGCUUCGAUAAAUAAUAAUUAG